CUUCCGCAUUGCUUGACGUCCCACAGAACGUCCAAUCAAUGAGUACGUCAGGGCAAAGUGUUGUUCAGGUUCAAGAAUGGCCGAGCAAGUUGUAGCCACUCCGAGAGGACCACUCCAGCGAAUACUGAUGUUGCUGGGAAUUCACAGCCUAUUUGGCAGUUUGUUGAUGUUCCUGGACAGGACUCUGAGGUCCUGGGGGAUACCCAGAUGGCUACCCUCCUGGUGCCCCACCUCUCAGAACCAGCUACAGGCCGCUGAGGAGAAGAUGUUGCAGUGCAUCACCACUAAGUUCCACCGGCAGUAUGUACCCAUCUUGGAUGGCAACAUGCUCUGGACACUAGCCUUCAACGACAGCAUCAAAGACAAGACCCCCAUGGUUCUCCUCCAUGGCUUCGGGGGCGGUGUGGGCCUGUGGGCCCUCAACCUGGAGGCACUGUCCCAGCAGCGGCCCGUCUAUGCUCUGGACCUGCUGGGCUUCGGCCAGAGCAGCCGGCCCCCCUUCCCUCAGGAGGCAGAGCAGGCAGAGGCUCGCUUUGUGGACUCCAUUGAGCAGUGGAGGGCCAGGGUGGGCCUGGAGUCCAUGAUCCUGCUGGGGCACAACCUGGGAGGCUACCUGGCUGCCUCCUACUCACUCAAACACCCUGACAGGGUGAAGCACAUGGUUUUGGUGGAACCGUGGGGCUUCCCGGAGAGGCCCGACACGGCUGAGGAAAACCGGCCCAUCCCAGUGUGGAUCAAAGCCCUGGGGGCCGUGAUCAGCCCCUUCAAUCCCUUGGCCGGGCUCAGGCUGGUCGGCCCACUCGGUCCUACUCUGCUGCAAACUCUGAGACCAGACUUCAAGAAGAAGUUCUCCUCCAUGUUCAAUGACAACACAGUCACAGAAUACAUCUACCACCUCAAUGUCCAGUCUCCCAGUGGGGAGACGGCCUUCAAGAACAUGACUGUUCCGUACAGCUGGGCUAAGAGGCCCAUGCUGCAGAGGGUGGCCCGGAUCCGGCCAGACGUCCCCAUCACCGUCAUCUACGGCUCACGCUCCAGCAUCGACGGCAGCUCUGGCAGCACCAUCAAGGAGCUGAGGCCAAACUCCCACGUGGAGAUCAUGUCCAUCCGUGGGGCCGGCCACUAUGUGUAUGCAGACCAGCCAGAGGACUUCAAUCACAAGGUGCUCCAGGUGUGCUCCAGGGUUGAAUGAGGAGGAAAGGGAAGGGGAUGGAGGAGGGGCUUACCUCAGUCAGACAGGUUCCCAGCAGCCAGCUUCCUUUUACUCUGGUACUCACCUGAGAAGCAGGACAUAGGAUAAGACAGACCAGUAGUGCUUUUUAAUGCCAGUUCAGGUUUUUAAUACCAACAGUGCACUGUUGUCUCAGUUAACAGUACCUGCUAGAGAUCAAAAUAUAAGAGGAUUUAACUUGAUCACCUGUUUUGCCUUGUUAUUGUAUGACAAGGUAAACAUUUAUUUUACAGUGCUCCUUUAAUUUAUCCAGUCAUUUUUACCUUUUUGUGUGUAUGUGCCAGUGAUUUUGAAUACAUUUAUUCAACAGUUCUUUUUAGGAUGAUAUUGCAUUUAUUGUAGUCGAUUAUAGCUUUGACCAGUUAUUUGUAUGUCCUUUGAACUCAGGCCAGUCAGACAAUCUGAGCCUGUAUAUUGAUGUUUAAAGAUUAAAAUAAAGUACAUCGAUACACUUUAUAAAGAUAGUCUGACCCUCGGGAAAUAUGGAAUUGCAUUCCAUAGUAACUGAAUCUAUGUUUCCUCUGUGCUGGCAUGGCUGACACUGUGUACAAUGUCAUUCAGAAUAAUCUUGACAGUAUAUGCUCUGUCUCUGCUUGGUCUUGCAGGUGUGGCCUGCUAAUAUGACCAUGAGUCAGCAAUGCAGUGGUCACACUGCACUUCUUUUUUCCAGUACUAUUACCCAUUUGCUGUCAGACCAUCUGUCAGCCGUGUGUGUGUGUGUGUGCGUGUGUGUGCGUGUGUGUGUGCGUGUGUGUGUGUGUGUGUGUGUGGGGGGGGGGGGGGUUUGUAUGCACUCAUCUGUGCUCGGUGUGUAAUUUGGGUAUUGAUAUUCUGGUACCCAAAUGUCCUUAUGUCAUUUUAUCUAUUAACAUAUCACAGUUUCCAUGACUUUGGCCAUGAGAUGACCCCGGAAAUAUCUUGCAAUGCCUUUUGAUUGAAUCCCAGAUCUACCUCACUCCACAGCACUGCCACAGUGAAAUACCAAAGGGCUUUUCUGGUGUACCUAUUCAUAGGGAUACACACUAUGUGGUUAUCUAUACAGCAUUUCAAUAAACAUAAAAUAAAGUUUUCCUCAGAUUGGCAGACUGCUGUAAAUUAUCGUAGACUGUGUUUGCGGAUUGGGUAUGUUGCUAGUUUUACUUGAGCUCUGCCUGCUCUGUGGACUUCAUGAGCCGAAAGCUGAGCUUCAAAUGUCUCACUGAGAUUGUUGGGUUUGCCAGUAAUAGUCACUCUUUGGAAUGUUUAUUGUUAUUCUCUGCAAUUGUGAAAAACCUGUUCAUAGGUGAAUAAAUGAAGAUAUUUAAUAUGA